UUAUCUGGGAAAGGCAGUUAGGAGGAAGCCUUUGGUAGCCUAAAAAUGGGAAAAUAAGGGUGUCUGAGAGUAGAGGCACCACUGGUUUGUUUUAUGGGAAGGAAGCAACAGUGUAAGAAACACUUCUGCUAUUGGAGAAGCUCUCUGAAUUUUUAAGUGAUCCCGAGGACAAUGCUGCACCGAGAUGUUUUUGGAGCAAAACCCCUUUGGAAGGAUUUGGUAGAGUCCUACAACUGGCAAAACCUACAGGUCACAAUCUGAUCAGAAGUUUGGUGGCCUUAUGAUGAUCCUGAAUAACUGCAGAGUUACAAAAUCCCUCUCUUCCACACCUUUGGAUGGGAAGAAUGAGGAUGGAAGAGCAGUGGUGGAAAGGGGAGCUGGCAGCAGACAUUCAUCAAACUCUGAGAAUGAAGGAACUGAAACUGCCUGUCUAUAAGGCCCAUUCACCACAGAUUGGGAUGCGCCGCUACUUUACUGACCUCUUGACUGUCCUCAGCAGCCGCUGCAAUCUCUGCCCUACGGCACGGCAUCUUGCUGUCUACUUACUGGACCUCUUUAUGGAUCACUACGAUAUUACUGUGAAGCAACUGCAUGUCAUUUCGAUUGCCUGCCUUCUCCUAGCAAGCAAAUUUGAAGAAAAGGAGGAUCACGUUCCAAAGCUGGAGCAGUUAAAUAACUUGGCUUACAUGUGCAACGUGAAUGUGGUGCUAAACAAAAAAGACCUGCUCAAGAUGGAACUACUACUCUUGGAAAACUUCAACUGGAAUCUCUGCCUGCCGACUCCAGCACACUAUAUUGACUACUACCUCUUCGCCUCUGUUGGUGAGAAGGACCUUCACAAUGGCUGGCCCAUCACAUCCCUGACCAAAGUCAAAGCUUUCAUGGAGAAAUAUGCUUACUACUUCCUUGAUUUCUCAGUGCAAGAUUAUGCUUUCCUCAACUUUCGACCAUCUCUGAUUGCUGCUGCUUGUGUGUGCGCCUCACGCAUCUGUAUGCAGAUUUCUCCCUCUUGGACUACACAGCUCCAGCUGCUAACGUGUUAUUCCUGGGAGCAUCUUGCCCAAUGUAUCGAAAUGAUGCUAAUAUACUAUGAGAAUGAUGUCAAAGAAGCCAGCAAGGUGAAAAAACAAGUAACAUUGCAGCAACAAGUAGUGGGAAGUGUGAACCACCAAACCACAACUCAGGUCCUCUUUCAGCAAUCCAGUUAUCACCCAUUAGCCCAGCACUCAACUGCCCUUUCCCAGUUCCAGUCUCCAGUGCAGGAUUUGUGCUCUGCUUACCGUGACUCCUUGCAGGCCCACAGGCGCAGCAGCCUACUCUCUGGGAGUGCUAGCACCUCACUGCAUUCUUACUCUGCUCUGCAGGCCAGCCUUCAACCUUCUGUGCAGACUCUGCCCAUCCAAGGACCUAUCACCAUGCAGGUAGCUAUAGCAACAGAACCUAGACACUGCAUCUCCAUGGCCUAUGGCAGCAGCUAUUUCAGUGGACAUCACACCUACACACCCAGGUGUUUUGAGAGAUGACUCUCUCUAGAAAAAUGGUGAUGUGAGUAAAGUCUGAAUAAAGGGCCCCAUGGGAUGGGAGCCAAGAGUGUAUUUGCAGCGAAAAACACACAAAGGAGCAGAAUCUUUACAACUGGUUGAUUCCGAAGACGUUUGCUCUUGAGACCCUUUUUAAUGUGGGUGCCAUUCCUGCAAGGAUUGGGGUGUUUUCUUUUAUUGAGACUGAGAAAACCAGAAAUGCAAUAACAUACAUCACUUUAGGUUGUCACUUUGAAAAGCAUCUUGUGUAAGAAGUUACACCCUCUGGGGCUUACUAGCUUAGUCUUCCAUACAGCAGGCUCUAACAAAUCACAAAUGCUAACACUUGUGAUUUAAAGGGUUAUUUCAAGCAGGAAUGCCUGAGGGACUUCUGGUCAAAUAACAUUCUUGUUGGAGGAUAUUGUUGAAAGUGGCAUUUAUCCAAAGCGCUCUCUGACGGCAGCUUAUUCCACUGGAAACUACCACUAAAAAUGAUGAUACAGAAGCUUCUUGAUGCUAUCUGGAUGAACAAUCCCAGGCUGUGGAAAAUCUCUCUGUAAAUGUUGCUUUCCUUUUCCUUGACCUGGAGUGAAAGCAACCCAGACGACCAUCAAAUCCUCUUUGCCUUAAAAGUCCUCUUGGAUUUGGGUGCUGUGCCACUGAACAAAAUCUCUCUCUGCCUUCAUGUAAAAAAACCUCAAUCUUAAAUCACCUUUAGGGUUUUUAAGAUGCUGCUGCCUUAUGUGACUGGAUAUAAUUUGUUUAGUAAAAAUGUUUACAAGCUACAUCAGGGAUCUAAUAUUACUUGAAGAAAACCCCUUGGAAGAAAAUUAUUAUAUAUACACUGAAGGGGUUCACUGCCUUCAGUUAUUUUUGGGGAUUAAUGUCUUGUGGUCAAAGUGAAGUUUAGGACUGAAGAACUUGUACUAAGGAGGAGGAGGUGGAGAAGGGGAACCAGUUAAUUCUACCAUGGAAAUUAGUAAUGGUUAUGCCUUUUUUCUAAGACUGCAAUGUUAGGCUGCACAGAACUUUGGUCUUUAAAUUCCAUCUUGGAGCAUUAUAGCAAAACUGGGUUAAGGGUACUAGUAAUUUAACUGAAAUGAGAAUACCCGCUACCAUGUAUCCAAAGGGUUAUGUUUUUAAAAUCCGUUUUGAGAUGGAACUUCCUGUGUUUGGUCAAAAAUUCUAUGUAGGAUUUGUGUAGUAAUGUAGAUAGUUACAAGUAACAUGGAGACUUUUACCGGGGUGUAGAACACUCACUUGCUAUGCAACCACCAUUCCAUAGUUGCUGGAAGCCAGUAUUGUGUUUUUUUUUUUUUUUUUUUUUUUUUUAAAGGUUCUCAGGACAGCAGUCUAGACAAUGUGCAAUAUGCUUUUACUCUUUGUGGCAAAUGCUGUGUUUUGUUUUUUUAAAUAUCACGUUAGGCAGUGCUGUUUAAGUUAUAUUUUUAGAGAAUUUAGUUUUUAAGGGAUGUGUUGGGGUGGCGGGAAAAAUCUCUCUAAUAACCUGUCUGCUGACAUUUGUUUUAACGAUGAGGAUCUCCUUAAAAAUAUUGCAUAUUGUAAUUUCGUGUCACACAUUAAGAUGACCAUGUCCUUAGCAGAACAGGCUAGGAAAGUUUAAAAUCUAUUUCAUUUUUUUUAAAACUACAAAUCCUAACAAAACUGAAGAGGCAAUGCCUUACAGAAAUUAGUUUAGCAACUUAGAAAAUUUAGUUCCCUUUUUUUAUUCUGUUUGUGUAUUUAUAUGGAACUUAUUUCCACAAGGUUUUAGUGUAUCUUUUAAUGACUGUUAUAGUCAUUCAGCCAUUCAGCAGAUUGUAAAGAACCUCUUAAACAUGUGGGGAAUAUUGUGGUACUAGGGCAUUUCUGACUGUGGAAUCCAUGUUUUUUUUUCUUAACUUCUGUAGAGCAGGUCAUGUGAAGCCUUGUGUUUGGCAGUCUGCGGUCACUCUUUAGUGACCAUUUCCACUGCUAGCUUGAUGAAGAUUGUCCAAUAAACAAAAGACCUGCAUCUGACAUACUUAAUUGUUAAUACUGUCUGUGUUCUCCCAGUAUAUUUCUCUGAAAAAGAGCCAGUGAACUUUUGCCCCCACCUUGCACAAAGUAAUCCCCUGGUCAAGGGAUUACUUUGUAUAGAAGCUAUAGCUGUCGACAGUGUUUCCUGGAACACAACAGAAAAGUACUCUUGACAAGUGUGAUACACAGGAUGAAUUAACAAAUGGUAUUUCCAUGGUUUAGGAAACCUAUGCAGGAAGGCUUUGCAAAAAAGGAAUUGUAAAGGAUAAGGGAGGUGCUACUCACUGCUUGGGAAGUGAGGAACUAUUCCAUGUUUAAGAUGUGGCAGCAUACAAGGAAGCAAGAAGUGAAUCAGGGAAGCAGUCUAAGGAGCAAUUAGAAACGAUGCUGCGGGACUGAGGGCAUGUGAUGAAAUGACAGCUUAUGAUGUGAUGUGAUCAAUAUAUUUCUUGGGCAUCCUAUCACACUGCUUAUGUGAUUUUAAUUCUGAAUCGGAGAGAAUGCCUCUGCAAUUUCUUACUUUCCUUCGUGGUCACUUUUCUCUAUACAUGUCCUUUCCCUGGGUUCUCUCAGUUCUGCUGUUUGUGUCCUGUGCAUAGGAUGAGCACCAAAACAAAUCUCUGAAAGAAGCAUAUAGAGGUUUGUCGGAACAGAUGAGCUAAAAAGCCCAACGUUGCUUCUUGUUUUGGGAGAACGUAUCUUCUGCAAUGUCUCUGAAUGCUGGCAGGAGUUCCACUUUAAUUUCCUGGCUAGUGUACAUUUAAGACCCACCUAAUUUUAUGUGUGAAUUUCCUUUAGUCUUUAAAGAAAAUAUGCCACCUCUGGGAGUAGCUAAAGUAGGAAAGCUCAGACAACUGUAAUGUAACUGUAAACCUGAUUCUAUCAUCAUGGCACUUAAAGGGACUUACUUAGGUGCACAAAAAGCUGGGUGAGUUUUUUAAAGCUUAAUGGAUGCAAUACCUCUUUCAAAGCCCACACUUGUGCCAUUUACUGCCGUCAGUCACAGCCUAUCCAAGCACUAAAAUACUCACACAAGCGGAUAAAGUCGUAACUUCCAAGCAUAUAUCACAUAAAAGGUAGCAACUAAGCUUGCAGUAAAUGCAAACUCAAAAGGGCUUUGGAUAUGAAUAGAAAGUGAUAACUUGGGUCACAAAACAAGAUAUUUUUAAAAUUUCACUGGUAAAUUUUUAAAAGAUAGAAGUGGAUUGCAAAAUUAGCUGAGAAAAUGCAAAAGCUAUUUUUUCUCAACACUUGUCUUGAUAUGGUGUAUAUGGAGGAAAGCGUUCCAGUGAUUAGCAAGCAUGGAAGACUACAAUGAGUUCGCUAAUCGAGAUCUUUAUGCUUUGGAGCUAAUAUAGAAAACGAAAUAAGGAAUGUCUAUAAUAUCAAACGUUUUGAGAUAUAAUGGUUUUGACUACUACCCAGAGCUUGAUCUCUGUUCUAGCCACUGUCCAAAAUACUUCAAAUAAAAUUAUUUACAGUUAAAAGUUGGUUAGUACUCCUUGAUCAAAGAUAAAUUAAUGCUGAGGGUUUGAUGAACAUUACCAGCAGAUAUUAAGGGCUAUUGCUUUAUUGUGAGCUUGAACACGAUGGCAUUUUUGCUUAAUAGGUAGUCUUUGAUCUGUGUUUUGUUUGUGACAUUUAUAAGAAUUAAAAAACAAAAUCUGUUCCUCACUGCUUAUUGACAGCACUGUGAAGGCAAAAGGAAAUAAAGAUAUUUCAUUCAUUGUCAAUCA